ACCAAUCAGACAUAUUUCACUGCCAUAAGCUUGCUGCUGCACUCUUUGCGGCUUCCGCGCAAUGCUCGGCUACGCGAGCUAUGACUCAGACGAGGAAGCAGGCCCAACCGCAGAGGCCUCCGAGCCCUCGGAGAAGCGUGCCCGUACAGACGCGGCGGCAAACCCGGUCCGGGCCGAGCCUUCGAAACGACUGCCGUUUCAAAAGCUGCGGGAGAUCAAGCGGGAGAUCAGCUCCGCGAGAAGUGCCACGGCCGUGGUGCAGGUGGUGCGACAAAACCUGGCCACCGGUUGGGACCUGACCUGGGGGGCCGAAGCCCUCUACCAGGUCGCCAAGCGCUCCACGGCCCGCACGCGCCAGGAGUGGGCCGAAGACAAGGCAGUGCUCAAGUUGGCAGACAAACUCAAGGAGGAGGCAGAGUCCGACAAAGGUGACUUGGACACCAUCCUCCUUUCAAUGGAGGCUUUGCGGCGCAUGACCUUGCAGGAUCCGGCGGAGCAGAAAGCUCACUUGGAGAAACUCAUCUCCGGCAUGGUGGCCAACUCUUGGCGCAACCCGGUUAAGAGCUUGGCUCGGCUCUACUGGCUGGGAGCGCCGCUCGCAAAGGAAGGACUGGAGAACUUGGACACCAACGCUUUGGCCUCCCAGAUCCGACAGAGGCAGAAUGAGCUGGACGGACCUGACCUGGCACUGUUGCUAGCUGCAAUGAAGGGUCCCAAGGGCUUGAAGGAUGACAAGCUUCAGUCCAAGGUGGUCCUCCGGUUGAAGGACAAGCAGAUCCACAAGGGCCUCUCAGCUACGGACUUGGUGGAGAUGGCUGAAGCCCUGGAGGAGCUGGCCGUGACAGAUGAGGCUGCUCUCAGACCUCUUGGACAAGAAGCUGUCCGCCGAAAAGGCGAGCUGACCCCGGACGAGUCCCACCGUGCCCACACGGCUUUUCAGGCCAUGAAGCUUCCCCUCUCGAAAGUGUGGGAUUUGCAUGGCAGCACGAAGACCAUGCAAAACGAUCGUGGGAAGGUGACAACGCAGGCCUUUGCUCUGCAGGAGGGCCACGAGAAGAAGAGGGGCAACAACGACAUCGAGCGGACGUCGCCCCCCAGGGUCGUUCGGGACAUGAAGAUGUGCUCCUACUGAGGCCACUAAGGCAGGCACUUGGGCCUCAAGGCAGACGUAUGGCGUGGUGCAA